GUCAGAAGAUCCCGUCAAAAGAAAAUCUGACUUGCUCUGUCAAUACGUGUGACGUUGGUGCAACACUCUCUAUAACACUAUGGCAGAUUGUGUUGGAAAACAACUCGAGUCAGUGCGAACAAAGAAUUAUCGUGAGACGAUCCGAUGGUAGUAUCAUCUAUGAUUGGCAAUGUCAGAACAACACAGCUACGCCGAAAACAUUGCAAACAAGUGAACAGUAUCUUACAAUCCACUUGGAGAACACCCUGUCUGAUGAUAAGGGCUCGUUUUGGCUUGGAUUUGCUGAAUCCUCUUCAUAUGGUUGGGUGACAGUUUCAUGUCCACCGCGUGAAUCAAAGCCAUGUUUUGGUAUGUCUGUAAAAAAAGAUUUAACAUUUACACCAAUGACGACGAGCACCAUCACAACAACAGCAAGAGAUUCAACAUUUACACCAAUAACGACUACAACGACAACAACGAAACCAUCCACGUCAAUGAGUGCUGGACAAUCCAGCAGUACAGCUCAAUCAACAGAGAAUCAAACACCAACGGUUACAGAAGAAACGUUAUCUAAUUUAUCGACAACAUCUUUAUUUGUCACAUCAACUACACAAGAACAUCUGAAAGAUUUUUUUGCUGUUGGUACUUUAAAACAUAGCACAUCUUCUUGUUUCGGCGCUAACGCAAAUCCCAUGAUAUCCUCGUGUACACGUGGCACAGUUAUUGUCAUACAGUCUUUUGCUAUCGCCUACAAAGCAGCAUCACUUAAUUGUACUGUGGACAACGUUAUUGACCAAGAUCAAUUUCAACUUUGUUGUUUGAGCAUAGAAAAUGAAGAUUGCCAAAUGACUUAUAAUAUUAAACCCAACGACGCUGUUGAGUACAUAGAAAAAUGCAAUGGUAAACCUAGUUGCGACGUGAUGGCAACUAAUGUUCUACCACAAGGAUGUAUUAAUGUACCUGAGUUCUAUCCAAACUACAUGCAUAUAAACUACUAUUGCAUACCUGCCCAGGGCAGCCAGUUUAUCUCCAAAGUCCCGGUUUCAAUAACGAGCAGAAGAUCCCAUGUGGGGAAAACCUUGUUUGCUCUGUCGAUACGAGUGACAAAGGCUCAACCGUCUCUAUAA